ACAAACUGAUAUUGAAUAUUUAAAGAGUAAAGAAAUUUUUGGUCCGGAUAAAUUGAUACUGACGCGUACUUGUCAUAAAAUUUUUAUUUUUAUAAAGUACAUUGAAUUACACGGUAUCUACAUGCUUAUACUAAUUAAUUAAAAAAUACCUAUUCAAAUCGCAUCUUUUCAUGUUUGGAUCACACCUUUUGACUAUUAAGGAAUAAAAUUUAUGAAGAAGAAGAUGCGAAAAGGAAAAAAUUACAUGAAUUUAUUUCUUUAAUCUUUUACUUUUGUGCACUGGAUUGGCACAUAAUUAAUAGAAUAUUAUAAAUGCUUAUAUAUCUUUCCUAAUAGCCAGCACUAAGGUCCUCAUGGAUAUCAAGUAUACUCAAGACUAGGUUCUAUUAACUGUUGGUCCAUUGAUUUCGCCUAAACAACUUUUUCUUCUUUGUGUGUGAAACUGUGAAAAUUUAUAUAUACUACGUGUGUGUGUGUGUGUGUAUAUAUAUAUAUAUAUGGUUAGGGUAUGAAUACAUAUCAUUAUCAAGUGCUAGUCUUGUUGUAGUACACCGUAUGGUGUGUUCCGGCCGCAAAACAUAUUAAGUCUAGAAGUCAUUUAACACAGGAAAAUGAUAAAUAGUUCAUAAGACUUAUAAUGCUCAUUUUUCAUUCACGUAAUUAACUUUUUAAAUUUGUUAAUUAAGUGCCUUGAAUUUAAAAUAAAAGAGAUACUGAUGCAAUGUUCCAAAGGCAACAUUAAAGUUUUAAAAAAAAAUUAAAUUUAAUACUAUUUAAGUACUAGUAAAUUUUUGUUACACAACACUCUCACUUCAACUCACAUUUAAAUUGACUUAAACUUUAAUUCAAAAUUUUUAAAAGUAAAUUAAAUACUGCAAGUCAUCUAAAUAGAAGAUUAUAAUAUUCAAAUCAGGCAAUUAAAUUGAUAAUGCAGGUAGAGUUCAAAAGUACAAAGACAUGAUACGACAUUGUUCCUUAAUUGGGUACCACGCAACAAAAUGUUGAAAAAACACAAUAUAUAUCCAAGCGACACCUAGUUUAAACUUCCAUGAACAUUUCCCUUUCUCUCUCUAUCUUCAUUUUCUCUCUCUAGGCAGCCAUGGACUCAGAAUCUAGCAAACUGGAGAUGUUCUUCUUCCCAUUUGUGGGUGGAGGUCACUUGAUCCCAAUGAUAGACCUCGCCAGACUAUUUGCCUCUCACGGUGUCAAAGCCACCAUACUCGCAAUCCCAAACGACGCCGUCGUCUUCCACAAGGUCAUCAACCGCGACAAAAGCUCCGGCCACGACAUCCACCUCCACACCCUCCAACCACCGCCCGGCGAGCAGCUCACCACCAUCUCCUCCGUCGACAUGUCGGCCCCGCCCUUCACCGACACCUCCAUCCUCCAAGAACCCCUCAAGCAGCUCCUCCUCCGCUGCCGCCCCGACUGCCUCGUCACCGACACGUUCCACCGCUGGAUACCCGACGUCGUCGACGCGAUCGGCGUCCCCAGAGUCAUCUUCAACGGUAAUUGCUGCUUUGCUCGCGUCUGCGAAGAUAUUAUUAAAAAACACGAGCCUCAUCUGAAGGUCGGUUCUGAUUCAGAGCCUUUCGUUCUCGAGGGUCUUCCCGAUCGGAUCGAAUUGACGAGCUCUCAGCUUCCGAUCUUCACCAGAAGAGGAACUGAAUUUCCCGGGAAAUCCAUGAGAGCCGAUCAAAACAGCUUUGCCCAAGUCAUCAAUAGCUUUUACGAAUUGGAGCCUGCUUAUGUUGAUUACUUCAGAAAUGUCAUGGGAAAGAAGGCAUAUCUAAUCGGACCCGUCUCGCUCUGCAACAGAAACGUUGCAGAUAAAGCCGAAAGAGGGCAAAAUUCCGCCAUUGAUGAACAGAGCUGCUUGAAAUGGCUAGAUUCAAAAACUCCCAAUUCAGUUAUAUAUGUUAGUUUUGGUAGCUUAGUUCGAUUGAAGCCGACUCAGCUCCAUGAAAUUGCUUACGGUCUCGAGUCGUCUGAUCACAGUUUCAUUUGGGUGAUCGGAAAAAUAAUGGAAUCGAAUGAAAAAAGUGAUAAAAAUUGGUUACCCGAUGCGUUUGAGCAGAGAAUGAUGGAAACCCAGAAAGGGUUGAUCAUCAAAGGGUGGGCUCCACAGUUGCUGAUCUUGGAACAUGAGGCGGUGGGGGGUUUUAUGACCCACUGUGGGUGGAAUUCAACUCUGGAGUGUGUUUGCGCUGGCGUGCCGAUGGUGACUUGGCCGCUCUCGGCGGACCAGUUCUAUAAUGAGAAGCUGGUGACGGAAGUGUUGCGGAUUGGGGUGAGGGUGGGGAGUUUGGAGUGGGCGUCGUGGAAUAUGGAGAGGAAGGAGGUGGUGGGGAGGGAGAAGGUGGAGGCGGCGGUGCGGCGGUUGAUGGGAGGCGGUGAGACGCCGGAGAUGAGGCGUCGGGCGAAGGAGUUGGCGGAGAAGGCGAGGAGAGCGGUGGAAGAAGGUGGGUCGUCUUAUAAUGACGCUGUUGCUUUGAUUGAGGAGCUGAAGACUCGCCGGAAAGAAGGAUUGGAUUCUGCCGGAGAUUCGCAUUGAGUCGUCGGAGAACUUUGUGGAGGUGGUGUGGGUGGUUAUGCAGCAACACUUACAUUGAAUAUCCUAGGUUUUUCAUACAUAUUUAUCCCUUGUUCUUCUUCUUAACAGUGAAUAUCAAAUUUUGUCUUGAAAAAAAAAAAAAAAAAAAACAAAAAAAACAAAUUUUGUUACAAAGAAAGAAAAGUAAAAAAGAAUGAAAUUAGCUGUCAUAUGUUAUUUUUUUGUUGGAUAAGUAUCUUAUAUGAAUUGUAUAUUCGUUAGAUUAUUAUUAAAGCUUACCCGAGCAGGCUUUCUUAUUAAGGAAAAUGGUAUGUAUCAUUCCAAACAGAAUUAUAACCAAAGUGAAUAAGAAAAUAACUCCGAAAAAACAUAAAAUAAAUAAACUAAAGGUAAUAUACAGUUACCUCCCUUAAAGACAUGUCAAAUUACGUCCGCAUCUCUCCUAGUUAGCAUAAUUUCGGUUACUUCCCCUACAAGUGGCCGGCGUUCAUAUGCGGUGACCGGAGUAAUGAAAUUAUUCUUCUAUCCUCGUUAUUUUAAUUCA